AUGACAGUUGCAGGCAGUACCGAUGAACCUUUUUGCCCUGUAAUUGACAUUUCACACUUUCCUAAUGGGUUUGAUGAAGAAGUAGUAGAUCAGCUUCAAACCCAAAACUUGGCCGCAGCAGUACGAGAAGCCUGUGAAAAGAAUGGAUGUUUCACCAUUGUCAACCAUGGAGUUCCGUUGGAUCUUCUCAAAGAUGUGGAGGCCCUUCUUGAGGAACUAUUUGCUCUGCCAGCAGAGGUUAAGGAAAGAGCCAUCGUCUAUAAUCCGGAUGCUCGUUCAGCUAACAAUGAGACCUUCGAUUUGGAGCGCCUGCCUGAUUUGGCUACAAUGCAGAAAUUGCAUGACAAGUUAUGGCCGGAAGAGGGAAACCCAAAGUUCUGUAACAUCAUGAGCGCUUUCAUAUCAAGCCUUACAGAACUGCACAAGAAGAUGAGUAAAAUAUUUCUUGCCAGCCUCAAUCUGGACGUCAAGUCACUGUUCCAUUCCGAUUUUGAAAAAUGUUAUUCUUUUAUGGGUAUAAACCACUACACACCUGGGGACAAACAAAUAGACGAGGAGGUUAUGCAUCCACAUACAGACAUUGGAUGCUUCUCAAUGCUUUACACUAACAAUACCCCAGGUCUUCAAGUAAAAUCAAAGGAAGGGAACUGGUUGGACGUUGAUCCUGUACCUUAUUCAUUUGUUGUUAUGGCAAGUGAUCUCCUCAAGGUAUGGACCAAUGGAAGGUAUCACAGUACAGAACAUCGAGUUGUUUAUAAAGGAUGGAAGGAACGUAUGUCUAUUGCCUAUGCCGUGCUCUUUUCAGAUGAUCUGCUGAUUUCGGCACCCUCAGAGCUUGUGGACAAGAAGUACCCAAGACGCUACAAGCCUUUCACUUAUCAACCCUUCAAGGCGGCUUAUACCAUUAACUACAAAACUAAGGAAGAAAAGCUUGACAAAUACAUUGAUGUAUAUGCAGGCAUAUAA